GUACAUGUACAUGUACUGUACACACAAGUAUUCUCAAGAUUGUCAUACACAUUGCGUUGUGUGGCCGGAUACGGCUCGUCUUUCCAAGAGCUGGCACACUCACUGAUUGUAAGUAGGAUCAUGAAUUAUUUUGCCCUCUGAACCUGACGUGUGACUUAGCACGUCCCUGACAUCAGUGCUCGAACAACGUGUUACUAAUCCCACGCUGUUUGCGUGGAUUGCCACAUUCCUUCAUGUGUUCACGAUCGUGGAUAGUAGAGGACAGCUCAUUACAAAACACGCGUGAUUUCACCUGUGGUUUCACCAUAACUCCAUGGCUUCACCAACGGGGUGAGUGAACUGGACACUUCGAAAUUAUGGUCUAAACAGCGGGCACAGGCUGGCCAGUGCCCGGUAGUGUUCCCUCUCCGAGACGGUACCGAACACCGGUGUGACCCUCCGUUCGCCGCCAUGUUCUCACCGGCGACUCCGAAAUCGGCACUGACGCUGGGCGAGACGCCCUACCGGACAUUGCCCAAUUUCUACCGUACCACGAUCCAGCUGUCCACGCUGCUAGACGUCGAGCAGCCGUUGGGCAACAACGACUACCGCACGGUCUUAGAACAGCUCGGCUUUCAGCCAGAGGAGGUCAGGUUUUGGGGCUGCAAGUGCAAACGGCCGACCUUGGAGGCAUUGGUAGGGUGGGAGGGCACCGUCCGGGAACUGGCCGAUGCCUUACGGGAAUGCGAGCGAUACGAUGCCCUGUCUGUCCUUGUACAAUCGCUGGUGCAGGUUCUCCAGGAGGCGCACAGAGUACAACGGGCAGAUCAAACAGGGGCCAACAUCUUGAGCCGGGACGUCUUUUCUUCGACCUCGUCCCCAGAACUACAGCCAUCCUCACUUAGAUGGGAGGACGCCGACACCUGUCUAAAGCCAAUCGUCCCUGAAUAUAAACAGAGCAGCGAUGUUGUGGAUGAUGCAACCUCGCUUGCAUCAUCAUCUUCGUUAUCGUUACUACCACCGUCAUCCCUGAUACAGACACUUUCAUCAGACUCCUCUGUUUUCGGUCGUGUCACGACCGAGCUGCCGUCCCUAGAAUCCCUCGAUACAACAAGCGGAUUAUCCUCGCCAGGUGUUUGCACAGUCGAGUCGCCGUCCACGUUACCGCGGAUACCCGAUGUGGAGGCGCUGCUGACCGCGCAGUUUGAGUUUCCCACCCAACUUGCGGUCACGUGUCUCUCAUCUUCCAAAGGCCGUAAGACCACCGAGUUUGUAUGCAACCUCGUAGCCUCCGGCGUCAGCCGUUGGCGUUGCAUCUCCAAUUCCGGGGACCUCACGUGGAUCUCCAACACCACCGUCUACAUCAACAACUUCGCGCGGCUGCUGCUCUUGCUUGUGGCCUUCUUGAACGCGGUCACGUGCGUCUUUGGCACCGCCCACACGCCGGCCUACGUCCUGGAGCUUAUCAUAGCCGCUGUUCCGGUCGCCCAGUCGCUCUACGUCGACCAGAACCUGCCGACCUACCGCGACCUGAUACGAAAGAUCAAGGAGGUGGAAGCUGGAAUGGCGCUCAUCGCCAGAACUCUCGAGCGACGCCCCGGGGAAUGCCUCACGAGUGAAGGUAACAAGUUGGCAGAGCUCGACGCACGGAGGAAAAAACUGGAGCACCUGAAAAGGCUGGUUUGGCCCGUGUACAGCGAUAUCAGACUCUGCAUUAUCAGCACCUUACUGGUGGAGUUUUUGCUGGUGUUUCUCGUCCUCUUUGUGGGGCUGAUAUGCUUUUCCAGUGAGGAGAUACUGGCAAAGCUGGGAGACGGUUUCACCAUGAUGGCGCUGGCGCUGAUGUGCAUCGAUUGCGCCUACAACUUCGCGAUUGUGGCUGUGUACUACCACGACAGGACGAUUGAGACCGUACUGCGGAAAGACCGGUUUCGCGUGAACGCAGCGCUGUUGCGUAACGAAUCGGAUUCCGUAUAGUGUGGCCGGAAUUAGGGCUUACACCGACAUAAAGUCUCUUCGAUUAUUAUGUGCAAUAACACUCAUUGAUUUCAUCAAGUUUCCCACAGGUUCAUUGGCCUUUUACCAUGCAGCCAACCUCCACUAGGACCGCACGCGCUGGCCGUUUAGCCGUUACAAUGGUCAGGGGGCGAGUUGGCAAGGGGCGAGUCGGUCAGGGGGCGAGUUGACCUACAAUCGUUACAACAGUCUUGCGAAAGAACGUGCAUGGAAAUGUGGGUGAUCCUUACUGAUGCGUUUACAUUGUAUAUUAUGAACAUGCAUCAUUCACUCAUUUUCAAACGGCGUUAGUGUCGUCAUAACGUCAACGGCUGGACUGUCUAAUCAUAAAAAAAGAGACAGUGUUCUGACCUUACUUGCCCGAUGUACACCCCCCCCGCAGAUUCGCAAGCCUAAAGUCGAAAUGGUGACUCGUAUCGUGCCCAGGCUGGCACCCGUUUACAGUGGAAAUUCCUGGAAAUGUUUCUUGGGAAGCAGGCUACUACCCGGAUUAGAUUUAUUAAAUAGGUAUCUACCUGUCCGCCACGCGUUGGAUUUUUUUGCAUGAGAGGCAUGCGCAAUCGACAUUUAACAGUAAAUUUGGAGGGUGUAGGAGCAACGGCGCUCCCAGAAUCCGUCGGGGGAGGUGCAUUAUUUGAGCAGGCCCAAUGUAUUUCAAAUAGGGAAGGGACAUAGAGUUGUUCAUGACUGUAUCCAACUUUAUGGGGACGACACAGACUUGACUUGUGACCCAGUUCCAUUUCAGGCUGUUCCAAGUCUUGUCGUACCCCGAAUUGAUGUACUUCAAAUUAAUUCAUUAGUACUCCAAUUAUUUUACUGCAGGUCAGUAAGAUGAUUUUUUAUUUUUGUGACUGUAUAGUGUCUGUGUGUGUGAGUCAGAUCAUUUUAAUUCAUUCGGGUGCAUGGUAUUUUUGUAAAAUUUCAAACUGGCUUUCGAACUGGAGUCUUCCGAGCGCAGAGCUGUGAUAUCCGUUGUGACGGAUACCUACUGUGGCGAGUCAUGGCAGAAAGCCUAGUAAAAAUAAAAAAACACCGUUUUGUUGGAGUCCAGAUUUUUAUAACGCCAAAAACGAGGGAUAGCGCUUCCCAGAGCUGUACAUGUAUAUAGAGAGUGUAGAUCCGACUUCAGACUUUGGAACUAAAAUGGCUGUUCAUGCAUUACGUGUUAAGUACAGCAUGCAGCUAUUGUGUGAUUUGUCCAUGCGCACUGAAGCAUAAUCCACCAUGUUGGUUCCAACAAUACAGACACUCGUGUCGCAGCUCUUUCCAUGGUGUUUCCUAUUUCCCUCUCUUAAAUCAUUCCCAUCUUCUUUAGUAGGCGCCUCACAUCUGGCCUUCUCGUAAAAAAGGGAAACCAGUGUUCCUUGAUUUUUGUCAGACAUGGAACUUGUCUUAAUACUGACUAAACUCAACUACAAUGUAUUUUGAUCUUGUUGAAUUCUGGAGGCUGUAGAAUUCCUGGUGAAUUGCGUUUUUAGUCCAAAAAUAACAACACGGGGAUAUUGCAGUUGAGGCCUAGUUUGUGGUCACUGCUGCUUCGUGCAAUUGGACAAUGUGGCAAUAAACUGCUGAAUAACUGAGAUAAUUUUUUUUAUGGGGAACGGUAACAUUCGAUUUGGAGAUAACGCUAUCGCGUUUGAGGAAGGAAAUUUCACCGUUAGGCACAGCCUGUUUCCGUGGACUGUGUACGUUGUACACCACAAGCCUAUAUUUGGAAUAUGAGAAAAUUGCCUCUAUUUAGUGCGAGGCCAGGUGGGUGAAAUAUGUAUUUUUUAAUAAGAGAACAGCCCUUUUUGUUAUGGAUUUACGAUUAGUCUCCAAUUAUAAAGGUUUUGUCGGUUCAGAAGUG